GUUACCGGUCUCGCCAUGGAGCGGAAAGGUGAGCGGUGGAGCGGCCUCCGCCACGAGGGGCAACGGCUACCGGGGCGAGGUCCGAGUCCGCAGCGCUGGGAGCUCGGCCUCACUGCCGCCGGCCGCUGCCCCGGCGUGCGGCGCCCCUGCGCGGAGGUGGCGCCGCCCCUCACCCCCCGCCAGCUCUGGGGUCCGCGCCCCUCAGCCCCGGCGUCCUCCGGCGCCAGCCGUCACUGCCCCUUGUUCCCGGCCGGGCCCGCUCGCGCCUUGGGGCCGCUGCUGCAGGGCCCGGCCCAGGGCGGGCGAGGCCGACCCCCGAGGCGGCCCGAGCCCCCUCCGGCGCAUCCCGCCUGGGCGCUGCUGUGCGCCCCGUGGGCCGCCCGCCCCCAGACCGAGCGCCUCGCCGAAGCCGCCCUCCGGCAGGCCCCGCGGUCGGGCCUGGCGCCCCUGCUGGGUCUCCAGCCUCACCUGGGUCGCCUGCUCUCCUCCACACUCGCCCUUCAUCCAUCCCUCUCUCCUGCAGUGCUUGCGCUCCAGGCCCGCAAGAAAAGGACCAAGGCCAAGAAGGACAAAGCGCAAAGGAAAUCUGAAACUCAGCACCGAGGUUCUGCUCCCCACUCUGAGAGUGAUUUGCCAGAGCAAGAAGAGGAGAUUCUGGGGUCAGACGAUGAUGAGCAGGAAGAUCCCAAUGAUUAUUGUAAAGGAGGUUAUCAUCUUGUGAAAAUCGGAGAUCUAUUCAACGGGAGAUACCAUGUGAUCCGAAAGCUGGGCUGGGGUCACUUUUCAACAGUGUGGUUGUCCUGGGAUAUUCAGGGGAAGAAGUUUGUGGCCAUGAAAGUAGUUAAAAGUGCUGAACAUUAUACUGAAACAGCACUAGAUGAAAUCCGGUUGCUGAAAUCAGUUCGCAAUUCAGACCCCAGUGAUCCCAAUAGAGAAAUGGUUGUUCAGCUACUGGAUGACUUCAAAAUAUCAGGAGUAAAUGGAACACAUAUCUGCAUGGUGUUUGAAGUUUUGGGGCAUCAUCUGCUCAAGUGGAUCAUUAAGUCCAACUAUCAGGGGCUUCCACUGCCUUGUGUCAAAAAGAUCAUUCAGCAAGUUCUACAGGGUUUGGAUUAUUUACACACCAAGUGCCGUAUCAUCCACACUGACAUUAAGCCGGAAAACAUCUUGUUGUCAGUGAAUGAGCAGUACAUUCGGAGACUGGCUGCGGAAGCCACCGAGUGGCAGCGGUCCGGAGCACCUCCUCCUUCUGGAUCAGCAGUCAGUACUGCUCCCCAACCUAAACCAGCUGACAAAAUGUCAAAGAAUAAGAAGAAGAAAUUGAAGAAGAAGCAGAAGCGCCAGGCAGAAUUACUAGAGAAGCGAAUGCAGGAAAUUGAGGAAAUGGAGAAAGAGUCGGGCCCUGGGCAAAAAAGACCUAACAAGCAAGAAGAAUCAGAGAGUCCUGUUGAAAGACCCUUGAAAGAGAACCCACCUAAUAAAAUGACCCAAGAAAAACUUGAAGAGUCAAGUACCAUUGGCCAGGAUCAUACACUUACGGAACGUGGUGUAGAGGGUGGUGCAGCAGAAAUUAAUUGCAAUGGAGUAAUUGAAAUCGUUAAUUAUACUGAGAACACUAAUAAAGAAACAUUGAGGCUUAAAGAGGAUCUGCAUAAUGCUAAUGACUGUGAUGUCCAAAAUUUGAAGCAGGAACCUAGUUUCCUAAACUCCCAAAAUGGAGACAGCGGCACAUCUCAAGAAACAGACUCUUGUACACCUGCAACCUCUGAGGUAUCAGAUAUCAUGGUAUGCCAGUCUUCCUCAACUGUAGAUGAGUCGUUAAGUGAACAGAACAUCAGCCAUCUUCAAGAAAGCAUUCGGGCUGAGAUACCCUGUGAUGAUGAACAGAAUGGACCACUGGACAAUAAAGGAAAAUCUACUGCUGGAAAUUUUCUUGUUAAUCCCCUUGAGCCAAAAAAUGCAGAAAAGCUGAAAGUGAAGAUUGCUGAUCUUGGAAAUGCCUGUUGGGUGCACAAGCAUUUCACCGAAGACAUUCAGACAAGGCAGUAUCGCUCCCUGGAGGUUCUAAUAGGAUCUGGAUAUAACACCCCGGCUGACAUUUGGAGCACUGCGUGCAUGGCCUUUGAACUCGCCACAGGAGACUAUUUGUUUGAGCCUCACUCAGGAGAAGAAUACAGUCGCGAUGAAGAUCACAUUGCAUUGAUCAUAGAACUACUGGGGAAGGUGCCGCGCAAGCUCAUUGUUGCAGGAAAAUAUUCCAAGGAAUUUUUCACCAAAAAAGGUGACUUGAAACACAUCACAAAGCUGAAGCCCUGGGGCCUUUUUGAGGUUCUGGUGGAGAAGUAUGAGUGGCCUCACGAAGAGGCAGCUGGCUUCACGGAUUUCUUACUGCCCAUGCUGGAGCUGAUGCCCGAGAAGAGAGCCACAGCCGCCGAGUGUCUCCGGCAUCCCUGGCUCAACUCCUAAGGUCCAGUUGGCCCUGCAGCAGAGAUGGCCACACUGCCUCUCUGCCCCUCCCUCCAAGCUGUUCCCGCUUCCCUCCUCAGGGUGAAGCUCUUCCUUCAGGGGUUUCUCAAUUUUUUUUUUUUUUCCCAAUCCACGUGUUCAUUUGGGUUUGCUUAGUUGGCCCUGUAGAGGUCCCCACACCCGUUGGGCAUAUCCUAGGUGAAUUUGGCCUUGGUUGGACUCUGCCAAAGACUAACGGACUGAAAUGUGAAACAGCCUCUCCCUGCCCUUGCGUUUCCAUUAGGAUGUUCUUGAAGUUACAGACAUCUUUUUUCAGAAAGAGAUAUGAAGAUAGAUGAAACCAGCCUUUGACUGACUCUGCCAGUCACGUUUUCUAGCAUCUGUCCUGUCGCCAGCAUCGCCACAAGGAGGGGAAGGGUGUGUACUCUGUGCAGCGGAGACAUUAAACUCACUGCAUCCAG